GCACAGUCAUGUCUUGUCACAAACAUGGUUGAAUAAAUGUAUCAAAAUUUAGGGUUACAAAAUAAAAUUUUCAGUGUCCAUAGUAAUGAAUACAUUUACUAAUUAAAAUACAAGACGACUAACAACAACCGUCAUGGAGCAAUUGUACCUGAUUGAGUUUAUGAUAGACCGAGUGGCGAUAUUUGUAUCUGAAGACAACGAAUCAAAAAGCGCAGAAAACAAGCUCAUAAUUAAAGUUGCAUUUGGGCCUAAGAACCAGUUUAUCAUCAAAGAACAGCAAAUGGCCCAGAAUCCAAAAGUUGAAGAUGACAUCAUUGAAUGUGAUGAGAACGGGCAUAGAAAAUGGUCCAGAAUAUUCAGAGUAGGCAAGUCUUUCUUAUUUCCUAGCUACCCCGAUACCGUACUUAAUAUCUUAGAAAAGUUUCCACUUGAACUGGAAGUCUGGACCGAUGAUGAAAAUGAAAUAAAAGAGUUCGUUGGAAUUGGCACAAUGUUCUGGGAAAAGGAUUUUUACCAGUUACUAAAAGACUCUGCUGAACCCUGUAGACUCUAUCCACCUCUGAGUAUCAAACAACGCACCAAACUCAUGGAUGAGUGUUGUUGUAGGCAGGUUGGGGAAAUCGAUUUUAUUCUUAGAAUAAGUGCUCUAGGUGAAUCGAUUACCACAGAAUUCCAGCAACUAAUGGAAGAUCCAGACAGCUUCGUAUUUAGAACCAAUAGAGCUCCUAGCAUGUUUAAAUGUAGACGUGUAGAAGGCGAUGAUCCUAACUUUACUAUGAUUGGAAGUCUCUACGAGACUACAACGUUAGAAGAUCCAGAUGUGAUUAAUAAUGCCCAGAAGAAAAUUGAAGUGUGCACAGAACUGCAAAGCUGUGGACAAAAAAUUGACGCGGAUCUUCGUUGUGAACAUGAAAAGAAAUCUAAGAAAAGGGAAUAUCCUAUUGAUAAAAUCAAAAUGGGAGACAUUAGAGGUCCAUGUGGUAAUACUAAUUGUGCGCUUGCUCAUAAAGUAAGAUGUUAUAUCAGAAAUCUCGAUGCAUAUAAACAAAAAGCUGGUUCAUUACCAAAUAAAGACACUUCGAAUAUAACGAAAAAAGUCUGCGGUGCUUGUGACUGUAAAGAUGAUCGCUAUCACCGAGAAGAGUGUCCUGAUAAGGUUCCGGGCCAGACAGCUCUGUGCCAGGCUUGCGGCGGUAACGCUAUGCCAGGUCACACAUGUAAGGAACAGGAAGACAAAAUGGAAAACUGCAUGAAGCCCAAUAACCCUAAAGAUUCCAAGAAGGACAAGGAUGCUGCGGCAGUCGCUUACGUGCUAAGCGUACCGACGUUUAAAGAGGCGAAUCAAAAAAUAGACUAUGCUUACUAUCAAUAUUUAAACACGAAAGAAAGCAUGUCAUUGACUGAAAAAAGAGUAAGUUCCUGCGGUUGUGGCUGCAGUAAAGGAUGUGCAAGUGCUGUGCCUCCAAAAGAAUCUACGUACAAUUCAUUAAGCGUGCCUAAUAUGCAAUCAUUAAAUAAUAAGAAAUCUUCACGCACUAUAGGGUCCAACACUCAAUUUGUAUACAAUGUGAGUGUAACCCAAGACAAACAACUUUGUCUGGACAUUCCUGAUGACAAGGAUUGCAAGUGCAACCCACCAGUACCCACUCCGUCGUGCAAAACCUUUGAUUGCGUCUGUUUAACUGAGGCAUUGAAUGUAGCGGCCAGGAAGAAGCAUAAAGCGUAUUGCCCUUUGUAUAGACACAAAAAUAAUUGUCCUGUGACGAGGAUGAUAGAAGACGAGGAAAAGGCUGAAGAAGAUGAGGAAGCAGUAGAGCCGUUGCCAUACGGUUUGCCUCCGAUCAAACUUGGUCCUUGCCCCGUCAUAGGCCGACCAUGCUCAGUUCCAGAUGGCUUUGCAAGGAUGUACAAAACAGCUGCUCAGCCACCACUUCCCCCGAGUUACAGUGACACUGGAAAAGUAUGUUGUUCUAAAGAAUUUGAAAGAAUUAAGGCUGCUAUAAGAGAAUACAUGAAAUAUGAGAAAGAGAGAGACAUGCGGUGCGUAAACACGUUUAAUGUGGACACAGAGAGAAGGUGUUGUGACAAAGAACAGGUUCUCCUGUCGCAGAUGGGCAAAAGCUGCUGCGGAGUGCACAAGCUAGCUUUACAUGAGAAGUACAAAGAAGAGAAAAAGUAGCAAUAGUAACGCAUUGAUUAUUUUAUUUUGUAACCCGAUAACAUCAUAUUAUAAAUUUUGAUACUAAA